GUCUCCCAAAAGCAAACUACAAAACAAACCCUUAGUUUCAUAUUCUGUGGUGGUUGGUCUAGCAACUCACAUACAUUAUCAUUCUCUAGUUCUUCAAUCUUAAUGGGGAACAAGAGGUCUGGCUUACUGUUCCCAAAUUUGGCUUUCAUGUUCAUUCUCACUCUCUUUUCCAUUUUGAGUUUCAAUUCGUUGGUAGCAUCGGGGAGCAAUAUCGUGGAGGAGCAGAGCAAUGUAGAAACUUACAUUGUCCAUUUGAAGAAGCCCGAUGACCGAGUUUUCACUCAAUCAGAUGAUUUAGAAAGCUGGUAUCAAUCAUUUUUGCCGGUAAGCACCGCAAAUUAGAAUGAAGCACCGCGCAUAAUAUAUGCAUACCGCAAUGUGGUUACUGGUUUUGCUGCCAAAUUGUCUGCUGCGGAUGUGAAAGCCAUGGAAAAGAAGGAUGGCUUUGUGACUGCCAGGCCUCAGAAAGUAUUGUCUUUACAUACAACUCACAGUCUUAAAUUCUUGGGAUUGCAACAAUAUCUAGGCUUUUGGAGUGGCCCAAAUUAUGGUAAAGGUGUGAUUAUUAGAGUUAUAGACUCUGGAGUUUUGCCGAACCACCCUUCGUUUGGCGACGAAGGAAUGCCACCUCCACCUGCUAAAUGGAAGGGGAAAUGUGAACUCAAUAGCACUUAUGCUUGUAAUAACAAGCUCAUCGGUGUAAGGAGUUUUAUCAGUGAUUCAGAUGAGAUACAGGUGGACGAAGAUGGCCAUGGCACUCACACAGCAAGCACUGCCGCCGAAAACUUUGUGAAAAGGGCCAAUGUGUUUGGCAAUGUCAAUGGCACCGCAGUUGGCGUAGCACCGCUUGCUCACUUGGCCAUUUACAAAGUAUGUUCGUUUGACUGUUCUGAUAGUGACAUAUUGGCUGGAAUGGACGCUGCUAUUGAGGAUGGUGUUGAUGUGCUUUCCAUCUCCCUUGGUGGAUUUUCCAAUCCUUUCUCCGGAGACAGUGUAAUUGUUGGAGCAUUUACUGCAAUGCAAAAAGGCAUUUUUGUGAGCUGCUCAGCUGGUAACUCUAGUCCGUUCAAUUUCUCAUUAUCGAAUGAGGCCCCAUGGCUUCUCACCGUUGGUGCAAGCACUAUUGAUCGAAGCAUAAGGGCCACUGCAUUGCUAGGAAACGCUGAAGAAUUCGAUGGCGAGUCAGUCUUCCAGCUUAAAGAUUUCCCUUUGACGUUGUUGCCUCUUGUUUACCCGCAGUCAAACGGAACCGAAGAUUAUGCUCCAUUUUGUGCCACGGGAUCAUUGAACAACACAGACGUCAAAGGGAAGGUAGUGUUGUGGGAUGCUGGUGGUCCGGUAACAAGAGUAGGCAAAGGACAAACAAUAAAGGAUGCUGGUGGAGCUGCCAUGAUUUUGAUGAACCAAUACUAUAGGGCCUACACUACCUUCGCUGAUGUUCAUGUCCUUCCUGCAACAGAUGUGAGUUAUGCUGAUGGAUUAAAGAUCAAGGCCUAUAUAAAUUCAACAUCAAGGCCGAUGGCUACAAUCUUGUUCAGAGGAACCAUAACUGGGGAUAAUCAUGCUCCUAUGGUUUCCGCAUUCUCUUCCAGGGGCCUUAAUUACGCAAGCCCAAGAAUUCUGAAACCUGACAUUAUUGGUCCCGGUGUGAACAUUCUUGCUGCUGGCAUCGCAGCUUUGUUCAAAGCUGCACACCCCAGUUGGUCUCCGGCUGCCAUCAAGUCCGCUAUCAUGACUACUGCUGAUCAACUAAACCUCGACAACAAGCCCACCAUCGAUGAAAGGCUACUCCCAGCUGAGUCGAUGUUAGUGUUAAGCCUACUAGGUUGGACUUCUCAGAUGUGA